ACCAACGGCGUGGACUUUUUUCCUUGCUGAAUUCAGAAAGAUCCGCAAAGCCAAAAAAAAAAACCAGAACACACACACAGAGGGCGGGAGAGAACAAGGAGGAAUCUUCAUUUGGUGUGAUUUAAUCCAAUGGCUGUGAACGAAGAACGGCCAUCGGAAUCAACAUCAUCGCAGCCGUCCAUCUCAUCAGCUCCUCCUCCUCGCCCUACGAUCACCCCACCACAGCGUACCUCCUUCGAAGCGCUCUUCAACGGCGGUGGUGCUGGGUCGGGCUUCGUGGGCUUCAGCCCAGGGCCCAUGACUCUCGUCUCCAGCUUCUUCUCCGACGGCGACGACUGCAAGUCCUUCUCUCAGCUCCUCGCCGGCGCCAUGGCGUCUCCGGCGGCUGCACCGGCGGGCCCGAGCUUGCUUCUUACAGAGGAACGAACUGCCGGAGGCAGCUCCGUCUCUGUCGACGGCGGUGCCGACGACGGUGCCGACGACGAUUUCCGGUUCAAGCAGAACAGGCCGUCGGAACUGGUGGCUUCGCAAUCGCCGGUGUUCACUGGCGGUUUGCCUGACUCGCUGGGGUUAUUUUCCCCUGGUCAGGGACCCUUUGGAAUGACCCAUCAGCAGGCGCUAGUGCAGGUCUCGGCUCAGGCUGCGCAAGCCAAUUCCAAUAUGCCUAUGGAAACCGAAUACUUAGCCUCUUUAUCAGCACCACCUGCUGCUACUUUGACACAACCCCAAGCAUUUUCUUCAAAUACAACUACACAACAGGAAGUGCCAUCCUUAAUGCCCGACUCUAGCAUUGCAACGAAGGAAUCGUCAGAUUUCUCUCAUCAAGACCUGAAAUCCCAGUCAUCUUCAUUCGAUAAGCCCAAUGAUGAUGGCUAUAACUGGCGUAAAUAUGGGCAGAAGCAAGUGAAGGGCAGCGAAUUCCCUCGAAGUUACUACAAGUGCACACAUCCAAACUGUCCUGUUAAGAAAAAAGUUGAGCGCUCUCUUGAGGGACAAGUAACCGAAAUUAUUUACAAGGGCCAGCACAACCACCAACGCCCUAAACCAAACAAGCGAGGAAAGGAUGUUGGAAAUUCAAACGGGAAUUCAACUACUCAAGGGAAUCGUGAUUUAGUUUCCCAAGUUCAAAGCGGAUAUUUUGACAAGUCAACAGAAGGGAUGAGUACUUAUUCAAUAUCCAGGAUGGAUCAGGAAUCUAGCCAAGCAACAAAUGAACAUUUAUCUGGGACAAGUGACAGUGGAGAAGCAGGAGAAGCUGUAGUCGGAGUAGAAGAAAAGGAUGAAGAUGAACCCGAACCCAAGAGACGAAGCACAGAAGUGAGGCAUUUAGAGGCAGCUUCUUCACAUAAGACUGUCACAGAGCCAAGGAUCAUUGUGCAGACAACUAGUGAAGUUGAUCUGUUGGAUGAUGGCUACAGGUGGCGAAAGUAUGGGCAGAAAGUUGUCAAAGGCAAUCCUUAUCCGAGGAGCUACUAUAAGUGCACAACUACAGGUUGCAAUGUCCGCAAGCAUGUCGAGAGGGCCUCAUCUGACUCUAAAGCCGUCAUAACAACAUAUGAGGGCAAGCAUAAUCAUGAUGUUCCGGCUUCUAAAACUAGCAGCCACAACACAGCCAACAAUAGUUCAUCAAAUCAAAGACUGCAGGGUACAAGAACAGAGAACCAUCAUGGAUCAAGAAACCCGAUGGGCCAAACAAACAAUGGCCGAAAGCCUAUAGGACAUUUACGUUUGAAAGAAGAGCAGAUAACAUAGCUUCUCUGGCUUAUGAAGAUAAGAAGAUUCCAAUGGAGUAGGGGGCUGAAAAUCUUCAGAGUAUCAGGUGGAAGCUGUAAAUUAUGGUUACUUGAAUAUGUUUUAUGCACUUUGAGGGCCAUAGUUUUGAUCAAGGCUCUUAUAUCCAACUGCUAAUACACGGGGGAAAGGCUAGAUAAGGGCUAGUUAAGCCAGUCUAAACAAAUUUACUUUAGGUUGUGUUUGAUAGUAGUUUUGUUACAUCUCAUGUAAACUAAGUUAACGAGCGUUUUGUACAAAGUAUCUGACUUCUUUGCAUUCUUUUGUAUAUGAAAAUACGAAGUAAUGCUGUUAUUCAUAUAUGUAAUUAUUUGAUGUUUCGUUAGUUGUUGA